CAGACCGCGUCUCGCACGCUCAAAGGCACUUCUAAUCCUCACCAUGUCGUUCAAGAGCCCUUCCAGGAGUUUCUCCAGCUCAAGUCUGUCUGGUAGCAUGGGGUCAAGGGGCAGUUGGUUUGGGGCCAUUUCCCCAGCCACUAUAGGGAAUCUGGCAAACACACUGCGUCCGAUUGUGCAGAUCAACAGCAGCACUUUUGCCCCGGCUGAUGAUAAAGAGACCAUGAAGGGUCUGAAUGACCGUCUGGCGGGGUAUCUGUCAAAAGUGCAACUCCUGGAGGACUCCAACAAUGAACUGGAGGAGCAAAUCAAAGAAGCUCUGAUGAGGAAAGGAGCUGAGAGCGGCAGAGACUGGAGCGCCUAUGAGAAGAUCGUUGCGGAUCUGAGAAACCAGCUCCAGGAAAUGACUUUGGACAACGCCAGACUUUUCUUACAGAUAGACAAUGCCAGGCUGGCUGCUGAUGAUUUCAAAGUCAAGUUUGAGUCAGAGCAGGCCAUGAGGCAAGGGGUGGAGCAGGAUCUGGCACGACUCCGCAAGAUGCUGGACGACACUUACAUGGGCCGCAUGCAGCUGGAGAGCCAGAUCGAGUCUAUGAGAGAAGAGCUGGCUUUCCUGAAGAAGAGCCAUGAGGAGGAUGUCGCCAAUGUGAAGAGCCAGAUCAGUGACUCUCAAGUCAAUGUGCAAAUGGAGACUAAAAACAACGCAGACCUCAAUGAGGCCAUGAAUAACAUCCGCACACAGUACGAGCGAGCCGCGCAGAAGAGCCACGAGGAAACCGAAGCCUGGUAUCAAAACAAAUUUGACAACAUGACAGCUGAGGUGACUCAGAACACAGAAGCUCUGCAGGCAGGAAAGACAGAGCUGAACGAGCUGCGCAGACAGAAACAAUCUCUAGAAAUUGACCUGCAGGCUCUGCACAAUAUGAUUCGGUCACUCGAAGAUUCGCUGCAUGAAACAGAGGCACGUUACGCACACGAAGUCAAUGGGUACAACUCUCGAAUCCUGCAGCUGGAGGGAGAGCUGGGACAGGUGCGCGCGCAGGUGGAGCGUCAGGCGGCUGAGUACGAUGCCCUGCUCAACAUCAAGUCCAAACUGGAGGCAGAGAUUGCCACCUAUCACCGCCUCCUGGAGGGUGUUGUUGACGACAAGGGGGACAAAAAUAGAGAGGAAUUUUCUUUAGAGCAGUCAUUGUAUGCAGCACCUCCGCCUUCCGUCGGACUUAAGAAAGCCAUCAUCAUCACGCAAGAAAUAGUGGACGGAGAAGUGGUCUCUCAGAGCGAACUUGAGCAAAAUCCUACUAAUCACAACAACCACGUUUUUGGAGAGGAAGAAGAGUUGGCAGAACAACUGGGGUUAGCGAUGGAAAAGGCGAAAGAAGAGCAAGAGGAGUUUGGAGAACAACUGGCGUUGGCGAUGGAAAAGGCGAAAGAUGAGCAAGAGGAGUUUGGAGAACAACUGGAAUUGGCGAUGGAAAAGCCGAAAGAUGAGCAAGAGGAGUUGGCAGAACAAAUGGGGUUAGCAAUAAAAAAGGUGAAAGAAGAGCAAGAGGAGUUGGCAGAACAACUGGGGUUGGCGAUGGAAAAGGCGAAAGAAGAGCAAGAGGAGUUGGCAGAACAAAUGGGGUUAGCGAUGGAAAAGGCGAAAGAAGAGCAAGAGGAGUUGGCAGAACAAAUGGGGUUAGCGAUGGAAAAGGCGAAAGAAGAGCAAGAGGAGUUGGCAGAACAAAUGGGGUUAGCGAUGGAAAAGGCGAAAGAAGAGCAAGAGGAGUUGGCAGAACAAAUGGGGUUAGCGAUGGAAAAGGAGAAAGAUGAACUACAGGAGUGGGGAGAACAACUGGAGUUAGAGAUGGAAAAGGCAAAAGAAGAGCAAGAGGAGUUGACAGAACAAAUGGGGUUAGCGAUGGAAAAGGUGAAAGAAGAGCAAGAGAAGUUGGCAGAACAACUGGAGUUGGCGAUGGAAAAGGCGAAAGAUGAGCAAGAGGAGUUGGCAGAACAAAUGGGGUCAGCGAUGGAGUUAGCGAUGGAAAAGGAGAAAGAUGAGCUACAGGAGUGGGGAGAACAACUGGAGUUAGAGAUGGAAAAGGCAAAAGAAGAGCAAGAGGAGUUGGCAGAACAAAUGGGGUCAGCGAUGGAGUUAGCGAUGGAAAAGGAGAAAGAUGAGCUACAGGAGUGGGGAGAACAACUGGAGUUAGAGAUGGAAAAGGCAAAAGAAGAGCAAGAGGAGUUGGCAGAACAACUGGGGUUAGAGAUGGAGUUAGCGAUGGAAAAGGAGAAAGAUGAGCUAGAGGAUUGGGGAGAACAGCUGGAGUUAGAGAUGGAAAAGGUGAAAGAUGAGCAAGAGGAGUUGGCAGAACAACUGGGGUUAGAGAUGGAAAAGUUGAAAGAUGAGCAAGAGGAGUUGGCAGAACAACUGGGGUUAGAGAUGGAAAAGUUGCUAGAUGAGAAAGAGGAGUUGGAAGAACUGGAGUUAGCGAAGGCAGGGGCGCCCCCAAGGGUUGGCCAUAAACUCUGGCCCCCCCUGUGGCCACCCAUAGAAUAAUUUUGCAGUGGGUACUAUUAAUUUAAAUGCAUAAUGUAAAUUCACAAUAGUUCACGAAGUGAACGAAAAUAAAAUGCAGCACCCGCUGCAGCCACAAAAAAAGAUUGUAGAUUGGCGCCACCAGAGUAGCUGUUUCACUGCCCUUCUAAACAUUCUUUAUUGUUAUGAAAAUAACCCAAAGCUCAUAAAAAUCACAUACCAGUUAUAUACUAUGGUAAUCGUGUGUUUAUUAGCUUCAUGUUCUUGUGUAGAAACGUUUCUCUGGGUUUGCUGUGGACAGAACACAACGCGGAAGUGUAAGGGAAGCAUGUCAUCGGGUUAUGAACGCGUAUUAUGAGUGACAGUGAAUGAGCUUCAUCGGAGUCAGAACAGCUAUUGCGGAAGAGAAAACAUACUGAGACAGCGCUGGAAGUAGCUAAUGCUCAUCAGAUUGUGUAAAUCAGUGGAAAAUUAAUAGGAAUGAUGAUUCUGUCUGAAGGAAUAUGAAGUAAAAGUGUAAAUAUAUCAAUUUUGCUCCCAAGUAUGCUCACUUUUGGUCUAUAAGCCCUUAAUGAUGCUGUUCAGUAAAUCGGUGAACACAUUCAUAUUCAGCAUUCAUAUUCAGACAAGACUGAAUAUGAAUGCUUUUUUAAAUUCUAUUCAAAAUACCAUACAUUGCUGAAUUAUUAUUUAGCAAUCCUGGCAUAAAUUAAGAAAUGACUUUCACUGCAACCGAUUUUUAUCAUUCAGUGGUCAAAUAUCAAAGCUGGAGUCUUUAAUCUUUCUAAUGAUACACGGUUUGUCCAGAUCAAGUAAGAUUGUGAUGUUUAAGCGUGCUGUG